AUGGCCACCAUCCCUUCCAAGACCCUCCAGGUUUCGCCGACAAUAACAUACAAGUACUUCUACUCCCCAGCCAAGAAACCGAACCUCCCAACCCUCCUCUUCCUCCACGGCUUCCCCUCCACCGCGGCCGACUUUCGCCCGCAGCUCGAGCACUUCGCGUCCGAGGGGUACGGCGUUCUCGCGCCAGACCUGCUAGGCUACGGCGGGACGUCGAAGCCGCGCGACCCGCGCGAGUACACCUGGCGCGCAAUGGGCGCGCACGUCGCCGCCAUCCUGGACGCUGAGGGCCUCGGCGCCGUCGUCGGCGUAGGCCACGACCUAGGCUCCUGGUUCUUGAGCAGGCUGUGCCACCUCCUCCCCGCGUCACGGCUCGCGGGACUGGCGUUCCUGGACGUCGGGUACUCGGCGCCCGGCGACCGGUUCGACGUGGAGGCCAUCAACCGCGCGACCGAGGCGAUGACGGGCGCCGAGCGGUUCCGGUACUGGGACUUCUUCACCGACGCCGAGGGCGUGGCGCUGAUGGAGCGCGAGGUCGAGGCCGUCGUCUCGCUCAUGCACGCGCCGCCCGGCGUGAUGGCGGCGAACCUGGGCCCGCGGGGCAAGACGGCCGAGUGGGUUUCCGCGGGCCGGGUUGCGGCGGCGCAUUCCUUUGGCGGCGGGGACGCCGGGGCGAGCCCGUACUUUUUGGAAAAGGUCGCCGUGUUCCGCGAGGGCGGGUGGACGGGCCCGACGAACUGGUACCGGGCCCUCAAAGACAAUCUCUCCUUUGACGACGAGAGGGAGAUGAAGAAGGAGCUCGAGGUCCCCGUGCUGGUCGUCGGGUGCGGCCGGGACGAGAUGACGGUAGCUGGGUUCCAGGACCAGGUGACGAGGCCGUGGGCGCGGGCUGGGUAUCGUUUCGAGGUGCUUGAUACGGGGCACUGGGUCAUGCUCGAGGACGCGGCGGGGACGAACCGGUUGCUGGAGGAGUUCCUGGAUGGUCUUGCUUGA